AUGAGGAUGCAACCCGAGAGAGUGAGGCAAACAAAAGCCUUCCUGCCAGGAGGCGGCCUCGGCCUUAGGUCAUAUAGCAGGGUGGGUGCGGCCCCAGACGAGCGGCCCCGCGGAGUGGGGAGCAGGGCCAUGGCCGAGGCGGCCCAACCCAGUGGCGAAUCCCGAGGCGCGGAAGUGCAAACCCAGCAGCCCACGGAAAAAUCUCUCCGGCGACCGCCGAGGCGGAGCCCGCGCUCCGUGCUGAAAGUGUCCCAGGUAUUGCUCAGAGCCAUCACCGCGCACAAAGGGCUGACUCUGGCCGCUCUCAAGAAGGAGCUGGGAAACGCUGGCUACCAAGUGCGCAGGAAGCGCUGCCGCCACUCGGGCGAAGCGCCCAAGUCUGAUAUUAAGGGCACACUCAUCCGGGUCAGCGGCAGCGACGCCGACGGCUAUUUCAAGGUUUGGAAGAUUCCGAGGCCGAAGAGAAAGCCUGGACGCCCAAGGCUGGAGGCGGGCGUCCGCUCCCGGAGGAGGAGCCCUGCAGGGCCGCGGGGCCCACGGAAGCCCCGAGUUCGUCGCAGGGCAACCAAGAAGGCCAGGGAAGUACGGGGACGGAGCGCGAGGGCGAAUGCCACGGCGAGAAGGCCAAGGCCAAGAGCCAAGGACCCGGUGCGUUCCAGAGCCAAGCAGGAAAAGAGGGCCAAGACGAUGGACGAGGGGAGAGGCCGGACCACGAAGGAAGACAGGCCUACGACCCGAGAGGAGAAGCAGCCAAGGGAAGAGAAGCAUGGCCCUGAGAAGCUGGUAAAACGGACCAUCAAGAAGUCAACCUCAGUUAAAACCGACCCAAAGGCUACGUGCACAAAGACUUGCACGAACUCUGAAAGUCCUCAGAAUGCAGCCACCGGGAAUCCGUAGUGUGGGAGCAGUUCCUCUUCCAACAGGCUUUUCCCCAUAAGGCUCCAAUUAGAGCAGCUCUCACAAUUAUUGCAACGGACAGGCUGGCUAUUCACAAGACCUUUCCACUACCACGUUGUAUCUGUUUCUUCUUUGCCGCACUUGGAAAGGGGGGGCGGGGGAGGGGGGAAGGGAGGAGGAAGAGGAGUGUUGAGGCCUAUAGCAGGGGCAUGUGGGGUGGAGAAAAGGGAGUUGAAAUUCUUCCUGCUGCAGGACCUAGGAAAAUGCCUUUCAGAAGGAAAGAAGAAAACAGGUAGAAAAUCAGCAACUUCACAGAAUUAGACAGAAGUGUUGAAUUAAUGUUAGACACCCCCAACAAAUCCAAAAUGAGUUUUGGGGUGAAGGGCAUGUAAGGAGAGAAGUGGGGGCAUCACUGGGAAAAGAGAAGAGUAGACAGCCCUUAAGCUGAAUGGUCCCACUGGCCCAAAGUGUUCUUACCAGAAAUUCCUUCUAGGAAAAAGUUCCUUCUCCAGAAUUGAUUGUAAUGUAAUGGGUUUGUAGUUCUUGCCCUGACUUGAUAAUCUUAAAAAAAAGUGGUUUAUAUGUUAAUCAUCAGUUAAAUGAGAGUGUGUGUGAAGUACCUGGUACAGGGCUUGGCAUAAGGUAGGUGCUCAUUCCUGAGAAUUAAAUCUGAGUAUGAAUAAUUCACGAUGGAGUGAUAAUACCCUAGAACAGAAAAAAAACUACUGGAUCAGAGAUUCUAGUCAAAAUGAGAGCAGGAUUCUAGUCAAAAUUCUGGUACUGUGACUGUAGCUGUUAUUACAUUCAUGGUCUUUGCUUCUUUCCAUGAAAAAAAGUUGGGGGUUGGGCUAGGAUGAUUUUAAGUGAUUUGAGUGUCAGUAACAUGAUAAGAGGGACUUAACUAUCAUGAGAUAUGCUUUGAUUGAUAAAAUUCAAUAAUGGAAUUAUCAACUGGGUAAGUACCAACUCCUAGAAAAUAAACUAUUAAGAUUUACAGAAUGCAUAUCACAAUUAUAAGUAGAUGGAGAAGAUUAGAUAAUGAUUGUCUUAAAAAACAUGUGUUGAGCACUAUAAGGUUGGGCGAUUAAAUUUGCGAACUCAUCCUAGAAAAAGUGCUACAUACCUCAUUGCUGAAUAUCACUAUA